AUGACCUCCAAACUUCUGGGGUCCUUGGCCCUCGCCGCCCUCGCCGGCACCACGACGGCAUUCACAACUACAAGUGCUUACACAGAUAGAAACACUGGGAUUGAUUUUCAGCAAUAUGUGGAUACCGACAUAGGCUAUAGUUUCGGAAUAGCCCUCCCUGAGAACCCAACGACCGAUUUCAUUGGUCAGAUGGUUGUGCCUAUCACGGCUGAUGGAGGUUGGGGCGCUGUCGCCAUGGGCCCAGGCAUGACUGGAAAGCUUCUGCUUGUAGCAUGGGCUAAUGGUGACGAAAUCGUAUCAAGCUUCCGACUGGCAUCCAGCUACUCCAACCCCGAUGUUUACUCCGAGUCGACAGUUGAGGCGCUGCCGAUCGCCAACGGCACUUUCGUCAACAGCACCCAUUUCUCCUAUACCUUCCUAUGUGAAGGCUGUGCAACCGGCGACUCGUACAGUUUCGGCUUCUCCUCCGAAACCACUGCCCUGGGUUACGCCGUUGCAAGCACUAACCCUACUACGGUCUCGGAUCCGGCAAGUGCCCUCACUUACCACUCGACUGGUGCCAACAUCUAUGUCGCGAACUUAACAGCAGCCAUGUCUAGCGACUACGCCACUUGGGCUUCAUACGCGUCUGCAGUACCCACAACCCCUGUUCCGGGCGGCAACAAUUCAACAAUUCCAUCUCCGGGAGGCAAUGGUUCCAACAGUACCCUUCCGAACCCAACAACUCUUAACACCACCUACGAUGUUAUCGUAGUGGGUGGCGGUACCUCUGGAAUUAUUGCCGCUGAACGUCUCGCCGAGUCUGGCGCGAAGGUUCUUCUGAUCGAACGAGGCCCUGCAAACACUGUCGCACUCGGUUCAACCCAAAGCUUGCCAUGGAAUGAUACUUUGACCGCCUACGACGUGCCAGCUCUUGGUUCCAGCUUGACCAGUGUUUCUGGUACCAAGUUCUGCUCGGACACAGCGUCGACUGCUGGUUGCCUUCUUGGUGGUUCUAGCUCCGUCAACGGUUUGAACUUUAUCCAUCCACCAGCCCAUGAUUUUGAGCGAUGGCCCGCUGGCUGGUCUUGGCAGGAUAUCGAGGGUGCUGCGGACCGUCUUUAUACUCGCAAUCCAGGUACCACACAGCCUUCCGCGGAUGGCAAGUACUACAACGACCUUGCAUUCACUACCAUGUCUGGUUAUUUGAGUGGGCGAGGAUGGUCUGAGGUGGACUCGAUUGAGAGCCCAGAUGAGAAGCAUAUGGUAUUCUCGCGACCAGCCUGGUCUAUCUCCAACCAUUUACGUGCUGGACCCGCACGCACUUACAUGCCAUUUGCGCAGCAGCUGGAUACCUUCACACUGAAGCUCGAGACCAAGGUUGUACAGGUCCUGCGUACGGGAAGCACCGUCACCGGUGUGUUGACACAAUCAGAGAAUGGUAGUAACCCUCAGAUCAUCAAUCUGAAUAAGAAUGGCAAGGUAGUCUUGGCAGCUGGCGCCCUGUCCACCCCUCGGGUUCUCUGGAACUCUGGAAUUGGCCGUUCGGACGCAUUGAACAUUGUUAAAAGUGGUACAUCUGGCAUUACGUUGCCUGACUCCGCGGACUGGAUCGAUCUUCCCGUCGGCCACAACCUGCAGGACCAUGUGCAGAUCCCCCUUCAGUUUACUUCGUCGCCGUCCUUCGCUGCUUACGACUUUGCUGGUCUUUCCUCAUCACCUGAAGAGGAUGAUCUGACUCUUUAUGAGGAGGGAUCUGGUACCAUCACCCAAGCAGCCCAGCGGAUGCACAUGUGGACUUCUGUUAAUGGAACGGAUGGUCGGACCCGCUACCUUCAGGGCACCGUCAGUGCAAUGAAGGACAGUACCGUGACUAUCAGGACCUUCCUUACCCACGGCACUUCAUCCCGCGGCGAGCUGGGCAUCUCGGCGUCUGGCAGUACCGUCCUGAACACUAAGCCGUGGCUGAUCGACGAUGCUGACAGGACAGCUUUCUCGGGCUUCAUUCAAUCAUUGUUGGACUUGACAGCAAGUAACUCCUCCAUCGCAAACAACAACUCGAUCGCCUUACGUUACACAACUGCCGGUGCCACUGCUUCCGACAUCCUUUCCACGUCGCUUAUCAGCGGUGACCACUGGGUCGGUAGCGCAAAGAUGGGCACUGAUGACGGUCGGGAGAACGGAACAAGUGUUGUAGACUUGGAUACCAAGGUUUAUGGCACCGACAAUCUUUUCGUCGUUGAUGCGUCCGUACACCCGGACCUUCCCACUGGCAACACUCAGGCAAUUAUCAUGAUAGUGGCUGAACACGCCGCCGAGAAGAUCGCGGCUUACCAAGUCUCGAACUGGAACUCGGGCCAAGGUUCAAACUCGACCUUGCCGGCAACCGAAGGGUCGAAAUGCCGCAAGAGAUCUGUGCGACGACGCGCACACUGGAACUAG